GUGGUCACCAUGCCCGAGUAUUUGAAGAAGAGGUUUGGAGGACAGCGCAUCCGGAUUUAUCUCUCCGUGCUGUCGCUUUUCCUCUAUGUUUUCACCAAGAUCUCAGCGGACAUGUUCUCUGGAGCCAUUUUCAUCAACCAAGCCCUGGGGCUGAAUAUCUACAUUGCUGUGGUCGCACUUCUGGCGAUCACAGCCCUGUACACCGUCACAGGUGGACUGGCCGCUGUGAUCUACACAGACACCUUACAGACCAUCAUCAUGAUAGUUGGAUCAUUCAUCCUCAUGGGCUUUGCUUUCCAUGAGGUGGGGGGCUAUGAGAGUUUUCAGGAGCGCUACAUGACCGCUGUCCCUGCUCUUACUGCAAACAUCAGUGAAGAGUGCUACAAGCCUCGGGCAGAUGCCUUCCACAUCUUCAGGGAUGCGGUGACAGGAGACCUUCCGUGGCCAGGCCUGGUGUUUGGACUCACCAUUCAGGCCACCUGGUACUGGUGCACAGACCAGGUCAUCGUCCAGCGCUGCCUCUCAGCCAAGAAUCUCUCUCACGUCAAGGGCGGCUGCAUCUUAUGCGGCUACCUGAAGCUGCUGCCUAUGUUCCUCAUGGUUUUCCCCGGCAUGAUCAGCAGGAUCCUGUACCCCAAUGAAGUGGCGUGUGUGGAACCGUCUGAAUGUGAAAAGUACUGCGACACCACAGUGGGCUGCACCAACAUUGCUUAUCCCAAGCUGGUGGUGGACCUCAUGCCUAAUGGUCUGCGAGGUCUUAUGCUGUCUGUGAUGUUGGCCUCUCUGAUGAGUUCCCUGACCUCCAUCUUCAACAGUGCCAGCACCCUCUUCACCAUGGACAUCUACACUAAGAUCCGCCGCUCUGCCUCUGAGAGGGAACUCAUGAUUGCUGGGAGAGUGUUUAUCUUGGCCCUGAUUGGGGUGAGCAUCGCAUGGAUCCCUAUAGUGCAGUCGGCGCAGAGUGGCCAGCUCUUUGACUACAUCCAGUCCAUUACCAGCUACCUGACCCCGCCCAUUGCUGCUGUAUUCAUGCUCGCCAUCUUCUGCAAACGUGUUAAUGAGCCUGGUGCCUUUUAUGGCCUCCUGAUAGGCCUGUGCAUUGGUCUGUCCAGGAUGAUUGCCGAGUUUGCGUACGGGACGGGCAGCUGUGUUAACCCCAGUAACUGUCCCACAAUCAUAUGCGGAGUUCACUACCUCUACUUCUCCAUUAUCCUAUUCGUGGUCUCCUGUAUCAUCAUCCUCGCUAUCUCUCUCAUGACCAAGCCCAUCGAUGACAAACACUUGUAUAGAUUGUGUUGGAGCCUGAGGAACCGCAAGGAGGAGAGAGUGGACCUUGAAAUAGAUGACUGGAUGAAUAUCGAAGAAACCACCUCUAUGGAAACAGAAGGUAAUCAGCAAAAAGAUGAGGCCUCGUAUAAAACACAAAACAAGCACGAAGAGGAGCCGGGCUUUUGCAAGAAGGCGCUGAUGUGCUUCUGUGGCCUCGAGCAGAAGAAAGCGCCCAAGCUGAGUGCGGAGGAGCAGGCCGCGCUGCAGGAGAAACUCACCGACACCACAGAGGUGCCCCUCUGGAGGAAUGUUGUCAACGUCAACGCCCUCCUUCUCCUGUGUGUCGCUGUUUUCUUCCAUGGUUACUACGGAUAAAAUGCCUCUUUGAUAUGGACUGACUCAUCCAGCCCACAAUUCAACCUGA